GGACGGCCGCGGGGCGGCGACCCGUGCCCCGGCAGGCGGGGGCGCGGGAUGACGGGGGUGCUGGAGAGUCUGAUGCCGGACAUGCACACCAGCCAGAUCUCCGCCGGCAGCUACCACCAGCACGGCGGCCUGCACAAGCCGCAGGAGUCCCCCACGCUGCCCGUCUCCACGGCCACCGACAGCAGCUACUACACCAACCAGCAGCACGGGGCAGCGGGCGGGCCGCCCUACGGCCCCGUGAGCUCCUACCCCUACGCGGGCGGCGGCACCGCCCCCUACUCUGCCAAGGCCGCCUACGACGUGGGUUACGGGGGCGCCUACGGCUCCUACGGGCCCUACGGCAGCAGGGCCUCCCCAGCCAACAAUGACUCUGCAGAGAAGGAAGACUGCGAGCCGGAGAUCAGGAUCGUGAACGGGAAACCGAAGAAAGUGCGGAAGCCCCGGACCAUCUACUCCAGCUUCCAGCUGGCGGCUCUGCAGCGGCGCUUCCAGAAAACCCAGUACCUCGCCUUGCCCGAGAGAGCGGAGCUGGCGGCCUCCCUCGGCCUCACCCAGACGCAGGUAAAGAUCUGGUUUCAGAACCGCCGCUCCAAGUUCAAGAAGAUGUGGAAAAGCGGAGAGAUCCCAGCGGAGCCGCCUCCCCGCCGCAGUUCUUCACCACCGUCUCCCUCCUCGCCCCCCGCCUGGGACUUCGCUCCGCACACACGUACCGCGGGCGGCGCCGGCACCGCAAGCCCCAGCCCCGCCGCCGCCUUCCUCGGUAGUUACUCGUGGUACCCGCCGGCCCCCGGCGGCCCGGCGCCCCUGCCGGCGGCCGCUCCCCUCCCGCAGCCGACGCAGCCCCCGCAUCACCACGGCAGCGGCAAUAUCUUCUAGGCGCUGCAGCAGAGACUUGAGCCCGCGGGCCGCACCGGCAGCCGCGGGGCACCGACGUGCAGCACUGGUGUUUUGCUGAAGCCUGGCUCCGGCCUCGGCCAUCCCGGCGGAGAGGAACUGCUCCGCGCCCCGUGCCGCCCCGUUGCCGCCGGCGGCGGGGCCCGUGUGCAUUCGGCCCCGUGGAGUUCUCCCUCCCUCCCGCCGUGAAAACAACCACGCUGCGAAACAAGU